GCCGAGGUUAAUUUCAUGGGUAUUUGGAAAGGCUGGGUGAGGGAGUGAGUGAGCGAAAGGUGGAGAGUGCUAGGCUUUAAGGUUCACACUCUUUUUAGGCUGGCGGCUGACCUAAGCGUGCGCCCCCCGACGAGAACGAUUUCGACCGUGCGGAGGCUAGUGAAAGCGACUGGAAUGAGAGAAGAAUAAAGUGAGAGCUGAUUUAGGAGUAAAGGAACGACAAGCAGAGGCACCGCGGCGGUAGACACCAGCCAGACAACCGUUAGCUACCGACGGAGAGAGAGAGAAAAGGAAAAAAUUAAAAGGGGGACGGUUUGACAUUUGUGUAAAGCGCACAGAGUAACCAAAUUGUGGAAACCUUAGUACACCGGGUAUGGCAGACGCAGACGUCGACUUCCAGACAGGCGAUGCCGGGGCAUCCGCCACCUUCCCCCAGCAGUGCUCCGCGCUGCGCAAGAACGGCUUUGUGGUGCUGAAAGGACGACCCUGCAAGAUCGUGGAGAUGUCCACCUCCAAGACCGGAAAACACGGCCACGCUAAGGUCCACAUGGUUGGUAUUGACAUCUUCAACGGCAAGAAGUAUGAAGAUAUCUGUCCCUCCACCCACAACAUGGACGUCCCCAACAUCAAGAGACUGGACUACCAGUUGAUUGGGAUCACGGAUGGUUACCUGUCUCUGCUCCAGGACAGUGGUGAGGUGAGAGAGGACCUAAAGAUGCCAGAGGGAGACAUGGGCAAAGAGAUCGAAACCAAGUAUGACGCUGGAGAGGAGAUUCUGAUCACGGUUCUGUCUGCAAUGAACGAGGAGGCUGCAGUUGCCAUCAAGGCCAUGGCUAAAUAAGACACUACAGGGGUUAACAAGAUGCACUGGAUCUGAAAAAGGAGGGAAUACGGCCAUGUCAAUGCUAUUCUCUCGUUUUCUUUCUUUUUUUCUUUUUCGUCAACUCUCUCCCUCUCUGUACUUUCUCACCCUUCUCUGGGUAAAAUUGGAAACUAAUUUCAAUAAAUAAUUGGGAAUUGCAAACA